UGAAUCUAAAGAAGUCAUUGAUACAGAAAAUAAUGAUUUAAAAAACAAACAAUUUGAUGAAUAUUUCGAUGUUUUGAUAUAUGAGAAAAUUAAUAGCGAUGAUAAAAUCCAAAUCGAUAACAAAGAUAUUGAAAAUAUAACUAAAAUAAAUAAAGGGAAAAGGAACAUUGAAAUUGGAAUUACACCAGAAAUUGAAAAAUCAUAUUCAGAUGAUGAAAAUCAUGAAGAUAGUGAUAAUGAAAGUAUAGAAAUUAUUGAAAAAACUAAGAAAAUAAGAAAGAAGCAAAUUAAGUAUACAUCAGAAGAAAGGCCGAGUAGAUUUAAGAAAAUAGAACUUAUAACUAAAAACACUUUAAACAUGGAAAGGUUUUAUGAUACAAGUGUUGUUAAUGAAAAAGUAUUACAAGAUAUAUUAGAUAAUGGAAUGUCAAUGAAAUAUAAUGGAAAAUAUAAAUUUAAAUGUGGAAUUUGUAAUACACCAUUUUAUAAGAAAAUUAAUCUACAAAGACAUACUAUUUUAACACAUCUUCCUGCAAAAGGGCCAUAUAAAUGUUGCGAAUGUGUUUAUGAAACUCAAUAUAUAUCGGAAUUGCAUGAACAUUGGCGGAAACAUAGGGUAUAUAAAUGUCGUCUAUGCCCGAACUCAUUUGUGACUGUAACUCAAAUGAUACGGCAUUUACAACAGACGCAUAAACAUAUUUAUCAAUGUCUGGAGUGUAGGAAAGAGUUUUACACGUAUCGGGAUAUAUUUCUUCAUUACAAAGAAGCACAUAACCAAAGGACAUGUGAUCAUUGCGGGAAGGCGUUCAGAAGGAAGAAACUUCUAGAACAACAUAUGAUAUAUCAACAUUUACCGAGGAAAUGUGAUCAUUGUGGUGAGAUUUGUAAAUCAGCUCAUGGGUUGGGAGUUCACAAACGUAUCUGUCGUCCUGAGAAACAUUUCAAAGUUAUAGUACCGGAAUUAUCAUACUGUGUGGAAUGCGACAAACAAUACGAUAGUAUAGAAAAAUAUCAGAACCAUCUCAGAUCUGCAGUACUACAUAACCCACCUGAACCAGUCAAAGUCCCCUGUCCGGAAUGCGGGAAAAUUUUUAGUAGAAAAUUGUAUAUGAACAAUCACUACAAAUUGUUCCAUAUGAAGAAAUCUAAACAUUAUUGUGAAAUUUGUAACAAGUAUUUUAUAUCGGCAUUUUCGUUACGUAACCAUAGAAAAGGAGUCCAUGAGAAGAAAUAUCCGCCCAAAGACAAGAUAUGUGAUGUCUGUGGAAGAGGUUUUAGGGCAAAUAGGAUUCUUAUUCACCACAAACGUACUCACACUGGAGAGAAACCUCACCAAUGUGCGUAUUGCCCAUCGGCGUUCGCACAAAUUACUGCCAAAAAGACACACGAAAGAACACAACAUAAUGUCAUUUGAAAUAAAUAUAAAAUUAUCUGAAAACUGGCUAAAAUACAAGGAUUAUACAGUUGUCGAUUUAGUGAAAUCACAUUUUGACCAAUGAGGGAGCAGCAAGUGUACUGGGAAUGUCGACAUUUUUCUAAUUUAGAAAAGAUAGUUGGAGAGAAUUGCGAUAGAAGUUGGGAAUUUUUUACUUACUGGUAACACUAGAGGUGUCCUGUCAAUGUCAAAAAACUGUCAUAAGACCCUUAUAUGUCUAUAAUCAUACAUUUACGCGAAUUUAACUGUUUGUGGGAAUAUUAAGAAUUCAUUUUUGACUUUAUGCUGUUUCUAGCAAAAACUAGAUAUAGUCAGUAGUUACCUAUAGUUUUAUUUAUCAGUAUAUUUAAUAAAAUAAAGCAAAUAAAACUUAAAUAAUU